UAUAUAUCCCAAUCGUAAAUAGUUCGUUAAAAACUAUAACCAAAUCUAAACUUGAUCUGGAUCUUGAUCUAGAAAUUAACUUUCUUAACCGGCUUAGGAUUACGACGUUGUUAAUUUGAAAAUAAAUAAAACAUUAAACAAGCGCAUUCGUCAUGACGUAACUAAGAAGAUUGCAUUAUGAUUAUGAUAGCCUAGCUAUAUUUGCGUCCUCAAAAGGAAAGCAGUUUGAAAAAUGACGAACAAACAAAAAAAACGAUCAAACGCAGCUCAUUAUGGAUCCAAGAGUUUUGAACCUGACAAUGGGCUUGAUGCUUCAGAAGGUUCGGGCAAAAUGAAAAACAGGCACAGUGAUCCACUUAAUUUAAAGGAACAAAAACAAGGAAAGACCCACUGGAGCAUUUCUUCAAUUGUAAAUGUUACAGUGGGCCUAGUUGUGAUGGUUGCGUUAAGCUAUACACAUAGUUGCUAUAUGUGGCAGCUACAUGAAAACAAAUUAUGGUUUACUAACAUACAGGAAGUAGAAAGAGAAAUAUCUUUCCGCACAGAAUCAGGACUCUAUUAUUCUUAUUUCAAACAGCUGGUGAAUACUGAAUCUUUUAGCCAGGGUAUGAAAGAAUUGGUAUCAGACAAACUUACAGAACAUCCUGAUACCAUCAAUAUUUUGGCCAGGAUGAAUGUGUACCAAGAAGUUAUAUUAGCUUUCUUGUACAGAACUUUAGGCAUAUCGAUGCAGCCUAUCAUGUUUUACAUAGAUGCUGUGUUUGUCUUACAUGCGCUGCUAAUAUCUGGUAUAUAUGUGUUGGCUUGGGCUUUAAGUAACACCUGGCUAGCUGGAGUACUCUCUGCUGCAUUUUACAUAUUUAACCGCUUAGAUACAACGCGAGUCGACCACUCCAUACCACUUCGUGAAUCUUUUUCACUUCCGUUUCUCUGGUUACAAGCUGCAGCCCUCACAAUUUAUCUGAAGCCAAACAUGAGUCCAUUUUACAAGCGAUGCAGCCUCUGUGUAGUGGCACUUAGCACAUUUUUCUUCUGCCUUUUCUGGCAGUUUAACCAGUUUAUCAUGAUGCUGCAGGCAUUUUCCCUAUUUGGUGGAUGGAUUCUUAAUCUGCUUCCUCCUCUCAAGGUCAGAAACAUAAUGCUGUGCCAGCUGUUUUCUUUGCUGAUUGUAUAUUUGUUGCAAUUUGGCAACAGCAUGAUCAUUGGUUCUCUGGCUGUUUCUUUUUUGCUAGUCUCCCUUGGUUUACUUGCAUUGCAGAGUGGCAGCUCCACACCUCAUUCCAUUGUGUACCAUAUCUUUAGGGUGAUUCUACUGUCCUUGAUAUCAUUACUGCUGAUGUUUGUUUUAAACCAUCUUCUUAAGUUGGCAUUCAGUGUGGAUGGAGAUGAACACAUUUUCAAGUUUCUCAUGGAUAAGUUUAGCUCAGUAGACACAAGGGAGUUUGAUUCAAGAAUUUACUUGUGUCUUGGUAUAUUUGGUUUUAUAACCUGGGAUGUUUUUGAAAGACUCACAAACAGUGGUGUUCUACCUUUAUAUGCUGUUGCACACUUUCUGAUGUUACUUUAUCUCAUAUACACAGUGAUCAGGAAAUGGAGGUCCCAGAGUUGUGCCACUGCAACACAGACAAACAACGGUAAAGGUUUAACCAGUAGCCAAGAUAAAGUGAACACCAAUCUGCCCUGCUUUGAGGACUGUAGACCAGAUCUUGCUUUUCACACAAUACAAGCUGUUUUCUUUGGUGCACUAGCAAUAUUUACCCUGCGAAUGAAAUAUUUUUGGACACCAUACAUCUGCGUGCUUGCUUCUGUUGGGCUGUCUGAUGAAACAAUGUGGAUCACAGUUUUUCACAAAUUUGCUAAAAAAUCUCUGAUUACCAUAGCUCAGUAUUCUACCAUUAUUCUGGCUAUUAGUGCUUUAACUGGUCGGAUGCUUCCUAGUGUACUUUCUGAACUUGAAAAUAAAUAUGAAUUUUGGGAUCCUCAUACAGUGGAGCUGAUGGAGUGGAUCAGCAACAGCACAAAUCCAAGCGAGUCCUUCACAGGCAGCAUGCAGCUUCUUGCCGGAGUCAAACUUUGCACUAUGCGCCCUGUGACCAAUCACCCACACUAUGAAGAUAAGCUUCUCAGGUUUAAGACUAAACAACUGUACCAGAUUUAUGGCCGCAGGAGGCCAGAGGAUGUCCACGCCAUUCUGAAAACCUAUGAAAGCAGCUACAUCAUCCUUGAGGACAGUAUCUGCAGGGCCCCAUCCAGAGGAGGUUGUAGGACCCCAGACCUUGUUGACAUUGACAACGGAGUGAUGCCAGACGACCAUAUCAACAUACCAGGACUUGUUGAGUCCAGAAUACCCAGGUUUUGUGAGAAUGUCCGGCACCAGACACCUGAAUAUGCCAAAUAUUUUAAAGCUGUUUUUGAAAAUCCAACUUUUCGCGUGUAUAAAGUAAUGUAGCAUAAAAUUAUCAAAUUGACUGUUUCAACUUGCUCAAGCUGUUGAAGACUGUAAAAAUGUAAAUAUUUUAUCCUUUGACUUCCAUGAAUACUUUUAUAAGCUUAACUUUUGUUAAUGCAUUAUUUCUUAAGUUAUUACAUUUUUAGCUGAUUAAUUUCCAUGUUUAUACAAUUUUAGCUGAUUAAUUAAAAAAGGGCUGAUACUUAAUUAUU